AAUAGUGCAUUAGAAGAAGACUCUACACCCCCGAAGAAUUCUUUCUUUUUUUUUUUCUGUUGAUCAAUUGCGUGAUUUGAAAAUGCUGCUCGUGAUCUUACUGCUUUCGGGGAUUACGGCUUUGGUGUCCGGACAACCACAUGCUCGUGCCAGCGAUCUCUACUACACCGAUAUUACACCCGUCACCGAUGACACCAGAUACACCGCCCUGAAUCCGGAUAUUCAGCUCCAGGAGAUGGACAAGGUGAAGCACUCGAAGGGGAACAUUGUCUUUACCUCUGGGGAGAGAACCUCCGGCGAUCGGAUGAUCGUGAAUCACUACGAUGAUGAGAGCUUCUCCAUCGCCCAGGAUGUGGAGGUGCUGAUGAGCUAUCCAGCCGGAGCGAGCACCGGAGUUACGCUCACCUGCAUCGAGGUCUAUGUGGACAUGUCGGCGGACGAUGCUGGCGGAUACCUCAGUAAGGGAGGGAUCGGGCAGACCAACGUGGAGAUCCUGCUCACCUCCAAUUCCACGCGCAGUUUCGUCUACGAAACCUUCAUCUAUGGCUACUAGGAAUAGCUACUAGGAUCAUCCACUAGGAAUUGCUAAUACUGCACUUUCAGCCACAAUAAAAGUUUCGCUUGGAACCCAACUGUGAUCACAAUCUCCACAACCUGCCCCUUUCCGCCGAGAGUAUUAUUAGUCUUAGAUCUGUGUAUUAAAGAAGGAGCCUCCGCUCCGAGUGGAGCUCCCAUGCAAAUUCACAAA